CCCGCGUGCGGUGUUUUAUUCUUCUAACUCAACCAUAAUUAUUAUUUCUAUGAAACCUUGAGAGACUAAAACCCGAAAAGAAAUGGUAAAACAAUUUUUUUAAGGAUAUAUUACAAAAGUAACAUGACCUUAAAAUUUACUAAUAGUAGAGCUGUUGUCUUGUCCGUUUACUUUUGUAGUCACGAUCGCUUGGUGGUGGGUGGAGGUUGAGGUUUACAUCUCUCUCGCCGUUUUAUCGCCACCUUUUAUGAACUCAAAGCUUUUCCGGUAAUCUAGAUAAGGAGAUAGAUACUCUCGACAAUGAUGUUUUUUUCUUUUACUUUGAUUUCCACCAUUCUUCAUUUACUUCUUAUGCUUUUUCUUUCUAUUUAACCCUACAUCGUCUCCAUUUCACAUUCUUCAACCUUUCUCUUACCUUUCCUUCUCUUUUUCAGUGAUUCUCGGGAUCUCAUCUCUCUCCUUUUUAACCCAACAACACUCAGAUACUUCUCUCUACCAACCUAGCUUCUUUUCUUGUCCUCGUUUGCUCUUAUUCGUUGGAUUUCACGAUAUUUCUUGUAAAGUUUGUCCAUCCAAGGCACCCAACAAUCUAGCAUACAUUGAAUACGUGCUGCAAAAGAGGUUGGUUUCAUCAGAUCUGCACAAGUUUCUACCUUGUGUUUUUCACUUCCAACAGAGUACUAUAUCAAGAUCAACAGCUGAUAUGAACACGUUUUCACACGUUCCUCCUGGAUUUCGUUUCCAUCCCACAGAUGAAGAACUUGUUCAUCACUACCUUAAGAAAAAAGUAGCUUCUAAAAGGAUUGACCCAGAAGUGAUAAAAGACAUUGAUCUCUAUAAAAUCGAGCCAUGGGAUCUUCAAGAAUUAUGCAAGAUUGGAAGUGAUGAACAAGAUGAAUGGUAUUUUUUUAGUCAUAAGGAUAAGAAAUACCCAACAGGAACUCGUACUAAUAGAGCUACAAAAGCAGGAUUCUGGAAAGCUACAGGAAGAGACAAGGCAAUUUACUGUAAACAUUGUCUUACUGGAAUGAGAAAGACUCUUGUCUUUUACAAAGGAAGAGCACCCAAUGGACAAAAAUCUGACUGGAUCAUGCAUGAGUAUCGGCUACAAACUAUUGAAAAUGGAACUCCUCAGGAAGAAGGGUGGGUUGUAUGUAGAGUGUUCAAAAAACGAAUGACAACAGUGAGGAAAAUGGGUGAUUACGUGUCGCCAUGUUGGUAUAAUGACCAAGUCUCGUUCAUGCAAGAACUGGAAUCUGCAAUGCCAAUUUUUAACCCUAAUGCACCAAAUCGUAACCCCUACCCCAGCAAGAAGGAGUUGGAAUUGCAAUUCAAUACUCCUCGUGACGCUUUCCUCCAACUUCCACAACUUCAAAGUCCCGUGAUUCUUCAAUCUGCGGCUAGUUUGAGUUUUAGCCCAGUUGUCUCUUACGGCUAUGGUAGCAAGAACAAUGGAAACGCUUUGCAGUCUUCAACACUCACUCAAGAACAUCGACAGUUUCAUUAUGCUAGUAAUGGUCGACCUAUGGACCAUUCUAUGGAUUGGCGAGUACUUGACCAGUUUGUGGGUAAUCAGCUGAGUCACGAUGAACAUUUUUCCAAUGUGGCUCACCAGAUGAAGUUGCCGGCAGACGGAUCUACAAAAAGUGCUUCAACUUCCAUCUCCGGUUCCCAGAUUGACCUCUGGAAAUGAAAAAUUACAGCUAGAUAGCACUCUCGAUAAUGACAAAACAAAAAUUCUGUACAUAACAAACCCUAAAAUAUUCUUAGCAGUUGAAGCUGUGCAUGGUGAUAACAGUGUGUCAACUAUAAUAAUCCUGAUUUGUAUGGUGCAAGAAAAACCUAGAGCAUAUGUUCGAGUUGAACAGUGCAAGAUUUGAUGUAAUGAGGUCAGUGAAUGUUAGAGAUUUAAUCAUUAAUUGAAUUUGCAUGUAAUACAAAUAUAUUAAGGUUAUAUAUACUGACAGGAACAUGUUCCAGAUUGAUUGUAUUUUAAACUCAUUUCAUUGAUUCUGUCUAUAGCAGCUAGGAAGGGUAAUAUAAAUUUGAACUUGCUUAAGAAUCUAAGCAUAUGUACUUGAACAACAGAAUAUUUGUACAAUUUUUCUCUCCACUAUUUAUUAGUCAUUAUUUUGUAUUUUUACUGUACAUUGAAUAUCUAAUGUAACACAGAUCUUCCUCUUUUUCUUCCAUGCAAGUGUAUAAAGGGAGGUUGAAAACAUAAAUUUAAGAGGCCAUUUGCUUUAAAAAUUGUCUUUUGAUUAUAGGAAGGAAAGAAAUGAAUAGACUUAAAAUAAAGUAAAAAUUAUGUAAUGAAAAUGAAAAGUAUAAUAACAAAAUAAAUAAUGCUAAAUUAGGCGUUAUCACCAUUUACUUGAAAAUGCAUUAGAUAAAAAAACUAACGCAAUUUUUCACAUUCUCAUCUCAUUAUAUAUGGUACUAGCAAUUUUAUUAACUUUUGUAAUAAUUAAAUUGAAAAUCGCAUUAGUAAUGCUUUUUUAUACAUUAAUAUAACUGUUUAACAUCUACAUUACAUAUAAAUGUUAGAUGCGUUUGCUUUCAACAGGUUUGGCGAGGAAAAUGCUCUUCCUUUAAAAACAAAAUUUGGAAAAAGGUGACAGUGAGAUACUCUUAACCUUCAAAUAGUACUUUUAAAAUUUUUUUAGUAAAAGCCAAAGCCGAAAGAGUUAGCCAGGUUAGAGAGGGAAAGUGAAAAAUGGAGAUAUAGGGAGAAAUAGGAGCAGAGAAAGUCAUUUCUUAUUUUGAGUUGAGAGAAUCAGUGAUAAAAUAUUCUGCACAUACAAAUCACCAGAAAGUAAUACGCAUUUUCGAAUUUAAAAA